UUUUUUCUCUUCCUUUUUUCCUUUGCUGCUCCGCCGGGUUAGAAGCAAAUCUCGGGGGCCGCAGAGAGAAUUCGUUUUUUCGCCAUCGUCAUCAUCGCUAUUAUUAUUAUUUUUUAAUCUUUCUCCUUUUCCCAUUUUGGAUCUUAACCCUUUGAUCUAUUUCCUUUAAAAGACUCUUGAUUCCCAACUCCCAUCAGGGGGAGAGGGAGGAGAAAUACAGGGGAGGAAAAAAAAAAAACCCUGAGCGAGUCCGUGCUCUCAGCUGUUAGCCAGGUUGGUGGGGGACAAAAGUCCCUUUAAAAUAUUGAAUGUCAGUUGCAAACCUAAGAAAAGAAAAAUCCGAUCCGGAGUGCUAAAUUUAGGAGCUUUAUAUGGAACUUGGACUCUGCUGCUGGAUUUUGUAUGGAUUUUUUUCAACCUUUGGGAGGACAGACCCCGGCGUCCGCCCCUAGACUGCACUGAGCGACCGAAGCGGGUGGGGGGAAACAUCGCCAGAGGCUGCCGGCAGAGAUGGCCGAGAAUUGGAAGAACUGCUUCGAAGAGGAGCUCAUCUGCCCCAUUUGCCUGCACGUCUUCGUGGAGCCGGUCCAGCUGCCCUGCAAGCACAACUUCUGCCGGGGCUGCAUCGGGGAGGCGUGGGCCAAGGAGUCGGGCUUGGUGCGGUGCCCGGAGUGCAACCAGGCCUACAACCAGAAGCCCAACCUGGAGAAGAACCUGAAGCUCACCAACAUCGUGGAGAAGUUCAACUCCCUCAACCUGGAGAAGCCUCCCUCCGUCUUGCACUGCGUCUUUUGCCGCCGGGGCCCGCCGCUGCCGGCCCAGAAGAUCUGUUUGAGGUGCGAGGCCCCGUGUUGCCAGUCCCAUGUCCAGACCCACCUGCAGCAGCCCUCCACGGCCCGGGGCCAUCUCCUGGUGGAGGCGGACGACGUGCGGGCCUGGAGCUGCCCCCAGCACAACGCCUACCGCCUGUACCACUGCGAGGCCGAGCAGGUGGCCGUCUGCCAGUUCUGCUGCUACUACAGCGGAGCCCACCAGGGACACUCGGUCUGCGAUGUGGAGAUCCGCCGCAAUGAGAUCAGGAAGAUGCUGAUGAAGCAGCAGGACCGCCUGGAGGAGCGGGAGCAAGACAUCGAAGAGCAGCUCUACAAGCUGGAAUCAGACAAGCGGCUGGUCGAGGAGAAAGUGAGUCAGCUGAAGGAUGAGGUGCGCCUGCAGUACGAGAAGAUGCACCAGAUCUUGGACGAGGACUUGCGGAAGACCAUGGAGAUCCUGGACAAGGCCCAGGCCAAGUUCUGCAACGAGAACGCGGCCCAGGUCCUCCACCUCAACGAGCGCAUGCAGGAGGCCAAGAAGCUUCUCAGCUCUGUCCAGGUCAUGUUUGACAAAACCGAGGACAUCAACUUCAUGAAGAACACCAAGUCUGUGAAAAUCUUAAUGGACAGGACCCAGAACUGUACAGGUGGCAGCCUGCCUCCACCCAAAAUUGGCCACCUCAACUCCAAGCUCUUCCUGAAUGAGAUCGCCAAGAAGGAGAAGCAGCUCAGGAAGUUGCUGGAAGGUCCUCUGAGCACCCCCGUCCCCUUCCUGCAGAGCAUCCCCAUGUACCCCUGCACUGUCAGCAACUCCGGCGCGGAGAAGCGCAAGCACUCCACCGCCUUCCCCGAGGGCAGCUUCCUCGAGCCAUCGUCCGGGACUGUGGCGAGCCAGUACAUGAGCCAGGGCGCUUCAGCUGGCGAGGGGCAGUCCGCACAAGCCAUGGUGCCUUGUAGCUCCACGCAGCACAUAGUUGGACUUCCCAGCGGCCCGCAGCCGGUGCACUCGGGCUCCGUCUUCAACCCAUCUCACUACCCCAACACCACGUCAUCUCAGCAGUCCGUGCUAUCCCAGUACGGCGGGCGCAAAAUCCUCGUCUGCUCCGUGGAUAACUGUUACUGUUCCUCUGUGUCCAACCACAGCGGGCACCAGCCCUACCCGCGGUCGGGGCACUUCCCCUGGACGGUCUCCUCGCAGGAGUACUCCCACCCGCUGCCGCCCGCCCCUGCUGUCCCCCAGUCACUCCCGGGACUUGCCGUGAGGGAAUGGAUUGACGCAUCCCAGCAGCACGGGCGGCAGGAUUUCUAUAGGGUCUAUGGCCAGCCGUCGGCGAAACACUACGUCACCAGUUAACCGUCACACUCUCCGGAGAGUCCCGUUCGAUGAUGCGUUCAGAGAGAAAAGUCUGGUUUGGUUUGGCUUUUCUUUUUUUUCCCCCCCAUUUUAAAUCAAACCCAGUUUUUCCCCGCCUUGUGCCCCUCCAGGAUUUUGGGGAGGGUUGUUCUCUCAUCUCUCUCUCUCUUUUUUUUUUUUAAUCCUUUUAAAAUGAAAUAAUAUUUUUUUUUCCUUUUAAUUCCUUUUUUUAAUUUAAUUUUGGAAAGUCCUUCCUGCCCCUCGCUGGGAAAAGACAAGGGAGAAAUUACCGAGAAGAAAUUGAUGGGGAUUUCAGUCAGGCAUCUGGGUCUGUGCGUUGCGCUCUUCCUCGCUCCUCUCUGCCUUUGGAAAACUUCAGAAGGGACAGUGGCACCUUCUCUGUUUCCAUUUCUCUGAGUUCAUUUUUUCUGGUUUGGUUCAGUUUUCCCCCUUUCCCCAUCCCUCUCCUUCCCUUUUUAAAAAGAAAAAAAUCUAUCAUUGAUUCAGUAUGAAACGAUACUUGUAGAUUUUGGGUUUGUUACUUUUUUUUUUAAAAGGCUGAUUUUUUUUUUGUGUUACGAGGCCACUUCUCAUGCAUAUUGGCAUUUUUUUUCUUCUUCUUCUUUCAGAGAUUUGUAAAUACACAAUGGCAGGAAAUUUAAUGCACAAAAAAAAAGGGAAAAGAAACUUUAAAAAAAAAAAAACACGAAUAAAUAAAAAAAAAAAUGUUCUAGUUUCCAGGAGGGGAAGUGUGGCCGAAAUGCACCCCCCUCCUGCGUAUCGCUGAUGCAACUUCCUGUAACAAGCACUUUGUAUAAAAAAAAAAGUGGACUUCCUGCUAUAAGGCACAGGUAUUUAUUCUGUAACCGAUUUUAGAACACACACACAAAAAAAAUAUUCAAAUAAAUGUGAUCACUUAG